AUGGCAACGGUGAUUGACAACGAUACACAAUCUAUAGUUGUUGGUAAUGGGACUGAUCGCAUUGCUAUUCAUUUAAAACAGUCAGCAACAGACACGGUACAAAACCAAUCACAAUCGCUUCUUGUUACAUCGAUAUUAAUUGAAAUUGGCGACAUUGAAAUACAGAUUCGUCGGUCAACCAAAUCAAAAAAUGAAUAUAGAAAAGAAAAUAUUUUAUCAACGUCAACGCAAUCACCAGCGAUCACUUUUCAUAAUGGUGAUCAACAAAAGGAGCCUAUAACAGAAGAAAAGCCAAAUGCGAAUCCAGAAUAUUGGGAUUAUUCAGUAAUUCAUGGACCACGUAUGUGGGGUAAAAUAUUUCCACAUAUUCAAUGUAAAAAAUUUCAAUCUCCUAUUCGCAUAUACACUGAUCAAUGUGAAUUUGACUCACAAUUGGUUCAACGUCCAUUUACAUUCAAGUUCGAUGAAAACUGUUGUCAAACAAUAGAAAAUACAGGUCGUUCAUUUCAAGUGACCGGUAAAGGUUCCAGUCGUAUUACUGGCGGUCCUGUUGUUGAUGAAUAUCAAUUUUUACAAUUUCAUAUGCAUUGGGGAGCCAAUGAUCUCGAAGGUGCUGAACAUGUUAUUGAUGGUGUUCGUUUGCCCGGUGAAUUACAUAUAGUGACAUGGAAUACAAGUAAAUAUAAAACACCUAAAGCUGCCGCUGCCUCGGACCAAUUUGAUGGUUUAAUGGUUUUUGGUAUAUUAGUAAAAGUUGUACCAUCGGAUAAUCAAGAAUUUGCAAAAUUCAUUGAUCUUCUUUCAAAUGUAACUUAUAAAAGUGAAAAAAUCAAUAUUAAUCAAGCGACAAUUGCAUUGAAAAAUAUUUUGCCAAACGAUACUCAAGCGUAUUAUACAUAUAAGGGUUCAUUAACUACGCCGAUGUGUUAUGAAAGUGUUUGUUGGAUAGUUUUUCGUGAGACCGUGGGUCUUUCAAAACGUCAAUUUGAUCAAUUACGUCAAUUAAAAUACGUAUGUAAAGGUGAUCAUUCGACGAAUGGUAAUAUUAGUCAAAACUUUCGACCAGUGAUGCCUCUCAAUGGACGUACAGUUUAUCGUUCAUUUUAA